AUGAUGUAGAAACAGUGGAACAUGUUUUGAUUAAAUGUAGAAAGUAUGAAAGCCAAAGCCAAAUUAAAAACGGAACUAGGUGUUAGUAGGGAAUUAAAAUUUGAUAAGGUGAUCGAUCAGCUGGAUAGUAUUGAGGGGAAAAAGAAGAUUUUUUUGUUUUUUAAAAACACUGGGAUCUUUAAGAGAAUUUGAGGUGUAGACGGUAGGAGUCAAUAGAGGGCAGUAGUGCAACGAAUUGGAUGCAAGCUGCCGUUAAAACCAAAAGAAGAAGAAGAAGAUGAAUGUUUUGAAAUACGUAAAUAUAUUGAGUAUAUAAAAAAAACGUGUCGUAGAGACAUUUAAACUCAAAGCUCGCUGUAACAUGAGCAAAGAUGAUGGCAGGAAGAAAAAGAAAGGUCCAAGACUUGGCAGUGGCUUUUGCUACACAUACAGAGUCGGGCUUGCCGUUGCGUAGAAACCAGACUGAACCGAACUGUAGAGCUUCUCCUGCCAAACUGAAGAGCCAACCAGUUCUGUGUGAAUCUGUUCAAAGUCUCGAGCCGGAGCGAAGCCAUUAUUUCAACAACAACGAGCCUSAGCGSAGACUGGGGCAGGACUUUUUCAAUCAGCCCUGCAUCAGUUUGGCUAAAGCAUUCCUCGGCAAGGUGCUGGUCCGCAGGCGUGCAGAUGGCUCUGAGCUUCGAGGGAGAAUAGUGGAAACUGAGGCAUAUCUCGGAGGGGAGGACAAAGCCUCUCACUCAGCAGGGGGCAAACGCACCGAGAGGAACACGGCCAUGUUCAUGAAGCCCGGCACAAUCUAUGUGUAUCCGAUCUACGGGAUCUACCUCUGCAUGAAUGUGUCCAGUGAAGGGGAGGGUGCUGCCGUGCUGCUGCGCUCUCUGGAGCCCCUGCAGGGCCAGCCUGCGAUGAGGGAGCUGAGAGCGGCUCGACGCAAAGAGGGAGCCCGGCAACUGAAGGACAAAGAGCUCUGCAACGGGCCCUCGAAGCUGUGCCAGGCUCUAAAUAUACYUCGCUGUUUUGACCGGAGAGACUUGGCUUCUGACACUGAGGUGUGGCUMGAGGACGAUCAAAACACAAGUCCCCCGAAACCCCAGGAAAUAGUUUCAGCUCCGCGCGUCGGUAUCGAGUCCCACGGGGAGUGGGCUAAGAAACRGUGGCGCUUUUAUCUGCGGGGGCAUCCCUGUGUUAGUGUGGUGAACAAAGAGGCAGAGAGACGGUCUCUGUCUGGAAAUGAAACGGACGAUGUAGAUCCAUGAAAUGUGCAAAAAAAGAACAAAAUCAACCUGAGGAAAAAAAAAAAAGACUCGAGUGUUUUAAGCUGCUUUUCUAUGUGUUCCCUUUUUUAAACUUGGAAAUAAUAAAGUCUUGUCCAUUUUG